GGGUCAGCUUAUCCUUUGCUGGAUUUCCAAUUCACAACUGCUAAAUUCCAAAUCCGUUUUUAUCUUCUUCACUCGUCCACAGUCUUCCUUCUACAUGUCUAGCGAAACCCAGUUUCCGAAAGAUUGCUUCUAAUGGCCAUGGCUGCAACAGCUACUGCUUCGACAUCGGCUUCAAUAGUUCGCCUCCACAACCGACUCACCAAUCUCUCGUCCUUCGACCACCACCUUUUCGUCACCGUUGCCAUUGCAGGAGCAGCAAUAACAAGGAAACAUCAAACCCAAAUCCUCAAAUUCAAAGCCCAAAACCCCCACCUGCCUCUUCUGUCACUCCGCUCUCCCUCUCACCUCUGCUAUGUUUCCUCUGCCUUUGAGAGCUUCGAAGACCCGGAAGAAAAUGAAGCCAUCGCUGAUGAUGAAGAAGAAGAAGGACAUGACGAACGGACAUAUGCAGAAGAAAGGAGAUUAUACGUGGGGAAUUUGCCUUUCUCCAUGACUUCUUCUCACCUUGCAGAGGUCUUUAGUGAGGCUGGUCAAGUUGAUGCUGUAGAGAUUAUUUAUGAUCGAGUGACGGACAGGAGCAGAGGAUUCGCAUUUGUGACGAUGGGCAGCGCUCAAGAUGCCAAAGAGGCUAUCAGAAUGUUUGAUGGUUCUCAAGUAGGGGGCAGAAGUGUAAAGGUGAAUUUUCCGGAAGUUCCACGAGGAGGUGAGAGGGAGGUGAUGGGUCCAAAGAUCCGCAACAGUUACAGGGGCUUCAUUGACAGCGCCCACAAAAUUUAUGCAGGAAACCUCAGUUGGGGCCUCGCUUCUCAGGGACUGAAAGAUGCCUUUGCUGAUCAGCCUGGCCUACUGAGUGCCAAAGUCAUCUUUGAAAGAGACUCUGGAAGAUCCAGGGGAUUUGGGUUUGUCACUUUUGCUUCUGCAGAAGAAGCACAAUCUGCCCUGGAAUCCAUGGAUGGUGUGGAAGUGGAAGGGAGGCCCCUACGAUUGAAUAUGGCUGCAGAAAGAGCUAGUCCUGCUUCACCCCAAACACCAGAGAGCAGAACAGAAGUUUCCCUUAAUAGUGGAAUGCAAUCCAGCAUCAGCGCCUACUGAGCAAAUGAUGUCAGAAGAUGAAGUGUUUUUUCUAUGCUCCUCAAUGAUAGUGAGAAGAACAACAACAGAGUUAAUGUCUUAAUUUUGACUUGCAUUUUUUCGGCUCUUGAGGGCCUUUUGAAAUUCAUGUUUACUGAUGGAAAGUGCUAUUAUCAGAUGACCAUUUUGAGCUUGGACAUUCUUAGUUCAAUUUAGCUCAGUGAGAGUGAUAUGGCUAAUGCUGGGUCCAUGGAGCUAGUCAGAGUGAUAGCAACAGGACCAUUCAAGGUGUUGCAAAAUAAUCUAUUGCCUUCUGCUCUGUCAUCCA